CAGGGCAGCAGCUGGCUUCUCUCACUCUCUCGUCUCUCUCUACACAUUCAAUCUGGACACACUGUUCCUCCCAGCCAUUUUCAUCGUAUACCUUACCUCUCCCUUUGGCUUGUAUGAGUUUCAUUCUGUCUGGAAGGCAGAGCCGGGGUGCCUAGUCACUGGCAUGCUUUGGACCGGGCUCUGUGUCACCAUGCCUGGGGAGCAAUGAGAGGGGGCAACCCACGCCACGGCUGUGCUUGCCAAAACCUCUUCCGCAAGGUCCUGUCUCAGUGCAGCUGCUGCUACGCCCGAGUAAAAGAAUCUUACUCUAUUGCUGGUAGUGAUGGGAGUAUAUCAGCUUCAGUGGCUUCCAUUCAACCUCAGCCUUCAACUAGUUCAGCUCCUAGUUCCCCUGGAUCCAGGAGGUCAGUCAGCACCCUGAAGAAAUGGCUGACAAAUCCAGUAAGGAAACUGAGCAGCGGCAGCCGGCUGGACCAGCGGCAGGCUAAAAAAGUGGAGAGCCGGCCAAAACGAGGCAUGCCAGGAAGAAGAAGGAGUGCCGAUGAUGGAGGAAGCGGAAUUUUUGGACUUGAUGUUUUUAGGAAGAUGGACGAUUUCACGCGGUCAGACGAGAAGCGUUUGGAGUGGAAAGAAAUAGAUCGUCCUGACACACACCAAUUGCCAGACCUAUCGUUACUGAACGACCUGCUACAAGAGGUAACUACAGAACCCAACAACAAGGAUCCAAAUACCUCCUACCUCUCAGACUGCAAAGAUUCUCCUGAAUCAGAGCUUUCCAUUGCGCCCUCCAUCCCCCAAGCAGAAACAGAAGAAGAAAGGAAGAGUGCCUUAGAAAAGAGUAUGUAUGUCUUGAUGGAGUUGAUAGAAACCGAGAAGAUGUAUGUGGAAGACCUGCGCCAAAUAGUGGAGGGUUACAUGGCCACCAUGAACACACAAGGAGUUCCAGAAGAUAUGAAGGGAAAGGACAAGAUUGUUUUCGGAAAUAUUCACCAGAUUUUUGACUGGCACAAAGAUUAUUUUCUAGGCGAAGUUCAAAAGUGCCUUGAGGAGCCGAACAGACUAGCACAUCUCUUCAUAAAGCAUGAGCGCCGGUUGCACAUGUAUGUGGUGUAUUGUCAGAACAAACCCAAGUCUGAGCACAUUGUUUCUGAGUAUAUUGACACCUACUUCGAGGAAUUGAGGCAACAGCUGUCACAUCGCCUACAACUCAAUGACCUACUUAUCAAGCCGGUGCAGAGGAUCAUGAAGUACCAGUUACUUCUAAAGGAUUUUCUCAAGUAUUAUAGCAAAGCUGGGCAAGAUACAUCAGAACUGGAGAAAGCAGUCGAGGUGAUGUGCUUUGUACCCAAACGUUGCAAUGACAUGAUGAAUCUUGGCCGACUGCAGGGAUUUGAGGGAAAAAUUACAGCUCAGGGGAAGCUUUUACAACAAGACACGUUUGUGGUGCAGGAACAGGAGAGUAGUUUCCUAACACGCAGCAAGGAGCGCAGGGUCUUCCUCUUUGAACAAAUUGUCAUCUUCAGUGAACCCAUCGAUAAGAAAAAAGGCUUCUCGUUGCCAGGGUACAUCUUUAAAAACAGCAUCAAGAUAAGCUGCCUUGGCAUUGAAGAGUCUGUGGAUAGUGAUCCCUGUAAAUUUGCCCUGACAUCACGCGGUGCAGACAGAAGCUUGGUGCGUUACAUACUGCAGGCAUCCACCCCUGAGAUCAAGAGGGCCUGGGUCAGAGAUAUCGGACAGAUCCUAGAGAGUCAGCGUAACUUUCUCAAUGCCCUCCAAUCACCUAUCGAAUACCAGCGUCGGGAAAGCAAAUCCAACAGUCUGGGGCGAGCAUGUAACAGCCAAAUGAUGGAAACUGCCCGUGGUGGCCUGAGACCACAUUCCUCAGCAUCUAUGGACAGAAAUAAAGUCCCCAAUCUCAAGUCCUACAAUUCUUCCCUGCCAUCCCUAUACAUGCCCACCAACUCCCGACCAGACAGCAGGCAUCUUGGAAACAAGGCUCACCAAACACGAAAGAGUUCUUAUUCAGAUGCCCACCCUUCGUCGACCGUCAUAUCCCCAGCGCAUAUAAACCUUGACUUCCAACACCAUCCAGAGUCGUCCUUAUCUACAGUUUCAAAUGGAACUCCACAAAGUGACCCCACCAGUCGGAAGCAAAGCACAUUAGGCCGUGAGUUACCAGGCUAUGCCUCACCGUCUGAUGAACUUGUCUUUCCUACUCCAAGGCUGGCCAAGCUGGAUGAGGAUGAACUGUGAGCUAUGUCCUGUUGUAAAUGAUUUGUAUUUAUAACUAUUCCUGGAAGAAGAGGAGCAGGAUGCAACCUUGUCCUGAGGUCACUGACCAGAAACUCUGUGUGCUCCACCGUUGAUGUUGCGCUUAUCCUGAAGAGAAGGGAUUUCGUCCAUUUUGCCUUUACUCUGUCCGUUCAAAGACUUCUGGUGAAGCAGUUGAAAAUCUGCUCUGAUUAGCAAUGAUUAGACAAAAACUCUGUUAGCAGUUCCUAAUAGCGCUUGGGUUACUUAAUGGCACAUUCUAUUUAGUAUUACCGAAGUGUGGGGGGGCAUUGCUAAAAUGAACUCCAGAGCUGAAGAAUGAUGGUCCAGUGCUAAUGGCUUUAUGAAGAAAAGGGUUCCCAAACUCCUGGCUGAUGUAAUGGAAAAUAUAUUCUUUUAAAUUUGAUCAUAUCUUGUACCCAUGUAAAGACACACUUCUAUCUUUAUGUGGGGUUGUUGUGACACAUUUUACCGUACUUUGCCUAUUGUCCAGGGUGGGUUUCUUGAAGGAAUGUGACUUUAAUUUGUGUUCGGUUGUACAUCCAGCCUGCCGAAUGUGGGUCUCUUGCUAUGCAUUCUA